ACCGUUUGUCAAAGUACAAGAACGUAAGAAAUCGGCGUCGCGUGGCUUCGACAGAUUAGCGAACAAAACAAUAUCCUAUUUAAAAUCAGCAGAUCCAUUUUAUACUCCAAAAAGUUCGUGGUGGAGCCGAGUAAUCUAUGGCCACGGACACGGUGUCCAACGGCGAGAACUUCGCCCAGCAUUUGUCCGGGAACGGGGACGACGACGUGAUCUGUCCCACAUGCGACGUAAAGAUCAAACGCAGUCAGGUGGCCGAUCACUGCCAAGUGGAGAUGGAGCGGUUGCACAACCCGAUCACCGUUAGCAGUCCACUGGCUCAGUCCGCCGGUUCAACUGCACCACCCUCGGCUCAGGAAUCUGGAUCGGUACCGGGAGCGGGGGGCAGGCAGCCGUGGAGCGUCUUCCAGCGGGUGCAGCGCAAUCGGCAGGCCCGCCAGCGCCAGCGUACUAGGAAACGUCCCUCGUCUCCAGGUCCGCCACCUCCUGCAGCACCUACUGUUCCCGCACCAGCUCCUCCACCUCCUGCUGCAGUUCCUCCUCCGCCGGAGUCCAGUCAACCCACCUGUCCCGUGUGCAACCACAAUUUCCCGCAGUCCAACAUCCAGGAGCAUGUCAAUCAGUGCCUGCGACAGAGCCGCCGAAAUGGCCAGGUCAACGGAGAGCGGCACUCCAGUGAGGAUUCAGAGGACAGUGAGGAAUACGAGGAGUACGAGUGGGCAGGUCAAAAGCGCAUCCGAGUUUCCACACUUGUUCAGGGAGGCUAUUCUGCCUUGGGUCUCGGCCAGACGAUCAAGUACAAUGGAAGUCAGCAGGCGCAGGAGGAAGAGGACGAGGAUCUCAAUGUGGACGAAGAUGAUACGCACAUCUAUGGCCCGACGCAGUACGGAGAGGGUGAUGUGAUUCCGCUGGUCACGGAGGACAUGGAGGGAAAUGUCUCUGAGGCGGAGGUGACCAGCUAUGUGCGUCGACUAAUCUCAUCCAGCGAUGGGCCCAAGGCCAAUCAUUCCAGCGAAGCCACUGAACAAGAGACUGCCACAACCAGUAGCGUCCAGGCACCACCAACCAGCAGCAGGGAAGAGCCAUCUACGUCGCGGUCUACGAGAUCCGCUUCCCAGAAUCAACAGCAGGUCAUCGAAUCGCUGAAGGCCAAGCUGCGGCUCUACGAGAAGCAGGCGCAGGGCAAAUACAAGUGCCUGAUCUGCAUCGAUGACUAUAAGAAUCCCGCCAUCUCCGUGUCCUGCUGGCAUGUCCACUGCGAACAGUGUUGGCUGCAGACUCUGGGCGCUCGAAAGCUGUGCCCGCAGUGUAAUUCUAUCACCACGCCGAAGGACCUGCGACGCAUUUACCUGUAGACUACCUCUACAGUCAACUUGUUACCCCCGCUGCCAAAUUGCUUGCGCCACGAACUCGGCUUUGCUACCAACGCAGCAGUAGUUGAUAACCAUAUUAUACAUACUAUUUAUAAAGACAACAUAUACCGACUACAUUACGUGACAUUACAAUAAGCUUAACAUGUAACUAUUACAAUAAAUUACAGAAAAAAAUUAAA